AUGAAUAUAACUUACAAUGCAAUAACGAUUAUUGAAAUUGGAAACAACGGAAAAGGAAAUCUUCUCGCAUUUUAUGAAAUUGAAGUCAAAGAAAAAAGCUUGCCUUCAGCAGUAAAUUAUACGUUAACCGGAGCAGGUUUCAACAACUCGUUUAUCAACAACGGAGUGACCAACAAAGACGUUAAUGUUCAGUCGUACAUAACACAAGAAGACAGAUCAACUAUUUCAAUCCCAAUAACAUUUACAGGGGAAAUCAUGGAUUGUAAUCCACAAAGUUCAAUGAUUAUACAAGUUAACGGAGACAUAUUAAAUGGUUCCUCGGAUGUAAUAGAAUCAUUGGACUUGAACACCGCGGCUGGACUUACUCCAGGGUUUCUUAUAAAAGACAUUUUAAGAAAAAGUGGUGUGAGACUGUAUACGAGAUAUUUUGAAGCUCAAAGUUUAUCUUUACCCGGAGACACUGUUGAUCACCUACUCCAUUCAACAGUAUUGGAUGUCAGCGUUGUGAAUAAAACUGCAGAAGCUAUAACGUACGCUUCAUCAUCUGACGGAACAUCCGUGACGUUGAAUAUACCUUCUCUAGAAAAGACGAUUGGAUAUGAAAUAUUGAACAGUGAUGGCAUGGUCGUUGCUACAUUGAAAGAAGAAGAAAUCGAUGGAUCAGACGUUUUAAAGAUACCUGUCACCUCUUUGACUAAUGGUACUGAAGUAACCUUCAAGAUAAAUAUAAUGACACGACUUCAAAACGAUCGAAAUGUUUCUGCAACUUCAUCGAAUGAAAUACGUGUAACACCAAACUCCGAGCAAUGCUCCAAUUGCUCAACAAAGGCGAGUUGCGUGAGGUUGACUGAUGGAUCAGGUGAUAUAAUAUGUACGUGCAACAAUGGCUUUGGAGGUGAUGGUACGACAUGCGACUUCAUAACAACAACAACUGCGGCUACAACAGCUGCAACUACGGAGUCGGAUACCACCACAGCUGUAGAUUCAACUACAGCUGCAACUUCCCAACCAUCCACUACCAUUGCUGAUCCAACCACAGCUGCAACUUCUCAACCAUCCACUACCAUUGCUGAACCAACUACAGCUGCAACUUCCCAACCCUCUACUACCAUUGCUGAACCAAGCACAGCUGAAACUUCCCAGCCAUCCACUACCAUUUCUGAACCAACCACAGCUGCAACUUUCCAACCAUCCACUACCAUUACUGAGCCAACCACAGCUGCAACUUCCCAACCAUCUACUACCAUUGCUGAACCAACCACAGCUGCAACUUUCCAACCAACCACUACCAUUGCUGAACCAACCACAGCUGCAACUUCCCAACCAUCCACUGCCAUUACUGAGCCAACCACAGCUGCAACUUCCCAACCAUCCACUACCAUUGCUGAACCAACCACAGCUGCAACUUCCCAACCAUCCACUACCAUUGCUGAACCAACUACAGCUGCAACUUCCCAACCAUCCACUACCAUUGCUGAACCAACUACAGCGGCAACUUCCCAACCAUCCACUACCAUUGCUGAACCAACCACAGCUGCAACUUCCCAACCAUCCACUACCAUUGCUGAACCAACUACAGCUGCAACUUCCCAACCAUCCCCUACCAUUGCUGAACCAACCACAGCUGCAACUUCCCAACCACCCACUACCAUUACUGAACCAACAACAGCUGCUACUUCCCAAUCAUCCACUACCAGUUCUGAACCAAGCACAGCUGGAACUUUCCAGCCAUCCACUACCAAUUCUGAACCAACCACAGCUGCAACUUCCCAGCCACCCACUACCAAUUUUGAACCAAGUACAGCUGAAACUUCCCAACCAUCCACUACUAUCACUGAACCAACCACGGCUGCAACUUCCCAACCACGCACCACCAUUACUGAAGCAACCCCUACAACAGCUAAACCAGCAACAGACUCAAUAGCCUCUACUACUGUAUCAGAAAGUAGCACUACGACUACAAAUUCCCAAUCAGUUUUACCUGUCUGGGGAUUAAUUCUUAUUAUCGUAAUUGGAAUCGGGUUACUUGGAGUUCCAAUUUAUUUUAUAGCCAGACAUUGCGAUAAUAAACAGAACGAUCAGGAAAAACCAAGCGUGGAAAUGUGGAAUGUCAAUGGCAACCAUAACAGGCAAGAGAAUCCUUAUGAAGAAAUUAAUUGACGUAUAAUUACAAUAAACAAAGAGAGUUGUACGAGGAAAGAAGCCGUGAAAGUGGCGAUCAAUGAUGACAAAUAUUUGACUUUGCUACAGCAUCGUAAUCAUUACGGAUGAGACGUAAUUUAAACAAGAGAGCUAUGCUCAAAUAUAUGGACACGUAGCGCCUCCCAAUGGCAAUAAUUUUGAUGACGUCAUAGCGAAAAAAAAGUAAUAGCCCUCUGGAGAA